AUGCAAAGAAGAUUAUUUAAUAAUCUAUCUAGUCUUUUAAAAAGACAACAAUAUAAACAACCAUAUAUUUACCAUUCAGUUUCUUAUUCAACUACGAAAUCAGUUCCAUUAACUUCUGAAACUUAUUCAUCAAAAGUUUCAAGAAAUCCAAACUAUAAAAAAUUAGAUGCAAAAGAUUUAGAUUUUUUUAAGUCUAUCAUUCCUGAAACUUCAAUAAUCACCGAUAAUGAUGACUUAUUAUUUUACAAUGAAGAUUGGAUGAGAAAAUACCGUGGUCAAUCAAAAUUAGUAUUAAAGCCAAAGACUACAGAAGAAGUAAGUCAAAUUUUAAAAUAUUGUAAUGAUAAUAAAUUAGCUGUUGUACCACAAGGUGGUAAUACUGGAUUAGUAGGUGGUUCCAAUCCAGUUUUUGAUGAAAUUAUUAUCUCAUUAUCUUCAUUAAAUAAAAUUAGAUCAUUUGAUCCAGUCAGUGGUAUUUUAAAAUUGGAUGCUGGUGUUAUAUUAGAAAAUGCUGAUCAAUAUUUACAAGAACAAGGCUAUAUAUUUCCCCUUGAUUUAGGUGCUAAAGGUUCUUGUCAAGUUGGUGGUAAUGUUGCAUGUAAUGCCGGUGGAUUAAGAUUAUUAAGAUAUGGAUCCUUACAUGGUUCAGUAUUAGGUUUAGAAGCAGUUUUACCAGAUGGUACAAUUUAUAACUCAAUGCAUUCAUUAAGAAAAGAUAAUACUGGUUAUGAUUUAAAACAAUUAUUUAUUGGAAGUGAAGGUACUUUAGCCAUAAUUACUGGUAUUUCAAUAUUAUGUCCAGCUAGACCACAAGCUCAAAAUGUUGCAUUUUUAGCUGUUAAUUCUUAUGAAGCAGUUCAAAAAGUAUUUGUUGAAGCUAGAAAAGAAUUGGGUGAAAUAUUAUCAGCAUUUGAAUUUAUGGAUCAAACUUCUCAAGUAUUAACAGCUAAACAUUUAGGUAUUUCACAUCCUAUUGAAUCUGGAGAUUAUCCAUUUUAUAUUCUUAUUGAAACUUCAGGUUCGAAUAAAGAACAUGAUGAUGAAAAAUUGGAAAAUUUCUUAGGUGCAGCCAUGGAAAAUGGUUUAGUAGAUGAUGGGAUUAUAGCACAAGAUGAAUCUCAAAUACAAUCCUUAUGGUCUUGGAGAGAAUCUAUACCUGAAGCUUCAACAAUGUAUGGUGGUGUUUAUAAAUAUGAUGUUUCAAUUCCAUUAAAAGAUUUAUAUGGAUUAGUUGAAGAAGCAAAUAAAAAGUUGGAAGAAGCUGGUAUUUCAAGUUUAGAAGAUGAAGGAAAGCCAGUUGUAGCUGCUUUAGGUUAUGGUCAUAUUGGUGAUGGUAAUUUACAUUUAAAUGUAAGUGUUAGAGAAUAUUCUCCGCAAGUUGAAACAGUUUUGGAACCAUUUGUUUAUGAAUGGAUUUCGUCAAAGAAAGGUUCAAUUUCAGCUGAACAUGGUUUAGGUUUCCAAAAAAAGAAUUAUAUUGGAUAUUCUAAAAAUGAUAUUGAAAUCAAAUUAAUAAAAGAAAUAAAGAAUCAUUAUGAUCCAAAUGGUAUAAUGAAUCCAUAUAAAUAUGUAUAA